AUGGCAACCUUACAAUUCAUCAGCCCGCCACCAGCUCUCGACGAUGCACUUCUUUCCUUUCCAAAACCUGCAAUUGCUCUGAUUACUUUGAAUCGUCCCCGAGCGUUAAAUAGCCUCCGGCAAUCUAGCCAUGAAGAACUACACCAACUUUGGGAGUGGUACGAUGGCGAGCCAUCAUUGCGAGUGGCCGUCAUCACUGGCGCCGGAAGAGCUUUUUCUGCAGGAGCCGACUUGAAAGAAUGGGCCCAGAUCACCGGCGGCAACAAAAAUGAGUAUGGCCCUCGUGCGGCCACCGCCAGACCGACGCCCUCGUCCGCUUUCGCGGGUCUUUCGCGCCGCACGGGAAGAAAACCCGUCAUCGCAGCAGUGAACGGUUUGGCGUACGGGGGAGGAUGCGAAGCUGUCAUCAACUGCGAUCUGGUAUUCGCGAGCGCACGGCAUGCCUCGUUUGGCUUUCCCGAAGUGAAGCGUGGAGUAUUUGCCAGUGCCGGGGCGCUGCCGAGGAUCGUCCGGACCGUCGGAAAGCAAAGAGCAAUGGACAUGGUACUUACAGGCCGUGUCAUAUCUGCGCAGGAGGCGAAGGAUUGGGGAUUUGUGAAUGACAUCGUGGAAGGAGAUACAAGCAAGGUCGUCGGGAAAGCGUUGGAAGUGGCAAAUACAAUCGCGGCGAACAGCCCGGAUGCCGUGAUAGUGAGUCGACAGGGAGUCAUGAUGGGUUGGGAAGGGGUCGGCGCUGAAGAAGGGGCGAGACUAUUUGCAGAGACGUUUGGGCCUCAGUUGGCGGCAAGUGAAAAUAUCCGGGAAGGCUUGAAGGCUUUUGUUGAAAAGAGAGAGCCAAACUGGGUCCCCAGCAAACUUUAG